AUUGCAUUCGCCGGGUGCGCUGGGGGCAAACGAGUGGAGAUGCUCUAAGACUUGAGGUCGUGAGCCGGCUUUCCCCUCAGCUCCUCCGCCCGCGCCAUGUCGUCGUCAUCCCGCGUCGCGGAGAUCGAGGUUGUGGUGACCGACGGCGGCGCCAGGAAGGCGGCGGAGGGGGAGAAGCAGCCGGACCCCGUGGUGAACGUCUACUCGGCUGCGGCGUACGGGGAUCUGGAGCGACUGCGGCGGUUCGUGGAGCUUGACGGCGGCGGCUCGUCGCUCGCCGCGCCCGACGGCAACGGCUAUCACGCUCUCCAGUGGGCCGCGCUCAAUAACUACCCCCACGUGGCGCUCUACAUCAUCGAGCAUGGAGGGGGCGUGAACGCAGAAGACAAUUCGCAGCAGACAGCGCUGCACUGGGCGGCGGUGCGCGGGGCCACGGCCACGGCCGAUGUGCUGCUGGAGAACGGCGCGAGGCUAGAGGCAGCCGAUGUGAACGGCUACCGGGCAGUCCAUGUUGCAGCUCAGUAUGGCCAAACAACAUUCUUGCAUCACAUCAUCUCAAAGUAUGGUGCGGACUUUGAAGCUUUGGACAAUGACGGGAGGAGCUCUUUGCACUGGGCUGCGUACAAGGGAAAUGCAGAUACAAUCAGGUUACUACUGUUUAUGGAUGCUAAUCAAGUAAGGCAGGACAAAAAUGGUACCCUUCACUUGGCAGUGUUUAUCUUUUCUGUGCUGUUUAGUUACUCUUCGUGCCCCCACUUUUUUCCCCGCAUACACAAAUCUUACGCUAGGAAUAAUUGCUGAUUUUUUGAAUGUUGAGCUGUCCUGUACUAAGAGUAAACUGUACUUGCCAGGUUCUCUGCUCAUCACACUAUCUUAAGGCAUAUUUUGUGUGUGUGCCUUUUUAAGUUUUUAGCUAAUGAAAUCACAAAAUAUGGGGGUGGGGGGUGGGGGGAUCAGUUAUUUUCCUUUGAAAAUUAUGGAUGGUUGGAAAUGUACUCUUUUCUCUAAUUAGGUUACCAUAGAAUAUUGACAAUAGAUGUCUACCCAGGGUGGUAUGAGCAUGUAUGAGGAGCCAUGUGAUAAAGAAAUCGGAGAUAGGGCACAUGUUACAGAGCUAGCAGGUUUUAAUAAAGACAGAUCUUACAAGGUGGAGGUGAGCCUUUUGAUAGGAAAGCACAUGUCACUGGAAGCUCCUACUUGGCUUGUGUUCUGAUGCAUUCUGUCUGCUCCCUAUAUCCGAUUAUUUUCUGUUUCACACUUUAUACCAGACUUCCAUUCUCUUCCUUUGCUCUCCCUUAUCUAUUUGUCUUACUAGUCCAUUCAGAUUGCUUUGUAGCCGGCGCCAUGAGUACACAGCCUUGUCGCCCUUCGUGAGAUCACAUUUGGAUGGCUCCUUUGGCUUCACCUCACAUGGAUUGUUGAAGUGUAUAUGUGGAUUGCCUAGCCCUUUCCAUCAGUUGGGACUUUUGGUUGCGUUGGCUAGUGCAUGAAGCUUAAUAUGAUAUUAGAGCCUAGGUUUAGGUCUCUGGACACCGCAACUCGUCCUUAUGAUCCAAUAUUUUUUUUGUUUCCCUCUUGAUUGAUCUGUUCCUCUGGGUUGAUCUCGUCUUCCGCCAUCGUUCCCAUCUGGUUGGCCGCCGCUGCUCCACG